AUGAAUAGUGUUGCUAAAAAUUAUUAAGGAAGAAAUCAAUCUCAUAGUUAGGCUCACAGCAAUCAGUACUCUGGUACCAUUUAAGAGUCCAAAUAAGGCGUUGAUAAUUUCACUACAGCUCAAAAGAGCAUAAAUGCUUCUAUAUAGGAGUACCUUCUUAAAUACGGGUUUAUGAAAACAGUUGAUUGUUUCUAAGAAGAACUAAACUCUCAGAAGACAAAUAUGCAAAGAAAUUUAGUCCUUGAUGAAAACACUGGUAUUAAUUAUAUGAUCAAUGCUUAUAAUCUGGGUAAAAGGGAGCAUUUUUUUAUUUCUUGGAACAGAUUUGUUCCCCUUUCAUUGAGGUAAACUGAUAUCAUAUGCUAAAAACUUGAAUUCUACUUACACAUAUACUUCGCUAUAUUUCCAAUACAUCCAAUGAACCCGAGUGCAAGCAACAAUGAGAAGGAACUUAGAAAAGAGCUCUAGGCAUUUAAAGUAUUUUUAGACACAAAGGGACAGGAUCUAUCUAAAACCUCAGAAUUUCUUCAGUACUAUGCUUUACCAUAUGUAACGAAUCCACUAGAUCAUCCUAUAUUCAAAGGCCUUUGUACUAAAAAGUGGGGAAAUGAUCUUCGAUAGAAACUUAAAGAAUUCUUAAGCUCAAAUCUUCCAAAAUUAUCAUCACCUUAAUUGUUCCAUUGGUAUGCAAACUUUAAAAAGAAAUUAGGAGGACCAAAUAAUAAAAAUGAUCUAGCUUCAAUGGGUGGAAACUACCCCGAAUCAGAUGAUCUAAAAGAGAGAUUGUUAAUGCUUUAAAAACAUUAUCUAGUGUUAUAAAAGAAAGAGGAAUAUACCAAGCAGACAUUGAUUGAUUCUCAGAGCAAAUGGACAACUUUUUCAAAAGAAAUUUUGAAUAUCGCCAAAGAGCUUUUCUUUAGUUUAGAAUCUAUGGGGGCAAAGUUAACCAUCAAUAAAAUUUCUUUGAUACCUAUCCGAGAUAAAAUGGCGAGAUUUGAAGCAUUUCUAAAUAACAAUAGUGAAGAAUUAGAAAAGAAGCAUGGGGUAUCCAUGAACAAAAGAAGUUUCCUCUAAAAUAUCCAAUAAUAGCAAAUAAUGCAAUAAAAUCAGAUUUAAAACUAAUAUGAAUACUAGUAGCAGAAUAUGAUGAAUGAAUAAGAAUAAUCAUUUGAUGAGGAAGUUGAGCCAGUAAACAGAUAAUUGCAUAAUCGAUUCUAAAAUCACUAGCAAUAGUAGCAGUAGUAAUAGCAGAUGAGUAAUGGAAUUAUGAAUCUACAAGAUUUGGCUCCAUUAAAUUUCUAGAAAAUCAAGCAUUUCUUGAUGACUUCAUAAGAGGAACUUAAAAUUUGUGCAACUCUUUAAGCGUUAAGAUGGAGAUUAACAAAAGCAAAGAGGAAGUCCUUAGUAAAAUAAGUUAUAUAUCUCUAUAUGAACUGCGAUCUAUUGGGAUGCUCUAAUAAAGAAAACUAAAUUGAUUAGAGUUACAGAGUACUCGAUAGGAUGCUGUAGAGCUCAAAUAGAGUUGUUGAGUAUACAAUGACUUUUAUAAAUGCAUUAGCAAGUGAGAGACUAGGUAGAUCAUAUCUUUUAUAAAAACCAGAUUUGGUCUAAUUACUUGUCAAGAUACUUCAUUCUUAGACCAAUGAUACAAGUUUAAGGCAAAACGCUUUAGGCACACUUUAAAAGUUUUCCUUGAGAAAAAGACCUCAAACCAUUAUGAUUUAGCUGGAUAUGAUAAGAUGGAUUGCAUAUGUUCUCAAAAACUAAGGAUAAUCACUAUCUGACUAUAGUAUUGAAUAUGCAACUGCAUUACUUAUGAAUUUAUCCCUUAGAGCAGCAGGUAAAGAUAAAUGUGAAGAUCCUGAAAUUAGAUUGCUUGAAGUCUUAAAUGACUUGGUUGAGCAUGAUAAUCUAUAAGUGAGAACAUAUGUUAAUGGAACACUAUAUUCAAUUUUUACAAGAUUAAAACUUAGAGAAGAAGCUAAAAAGUUAGGUAUGGCUGAAGUUCUUCGAUAUCUAAUGCAAGAAAGCGAUGAGCAAUUUAAGAGAUAAAUUCAGUAUAUUUUAGACUAAUUAAACUCAGCUAAUGGUGAAAGCCAAGCGCAGGAUAAUGGUAGUUUGAACCCUAACGAGUAAGACGAGGAAGAUUAUGAUAAUGAUGAUGAGGAUGAAGAUGAUGAUGAUGAAGAGGAUGAUAUGGUUGAAGAGGAAGAGGGAGAAUUCAAUGAUAUCAUCAACGAAGAAGGUAUCUUAUUGGGUGAAGACUUACUCGUAAGUGAAUUUAUUGGAACCCAAGACGAGUAAAUUCAGCAGAUUAAGAAUGUAUAAUUGAUGAUGGAAAGAGAUAGACAAAUGAGACUCUAAAUGCAAUAGUAAUAUACAAGUAUGAAUGCUGAGUAACAUAAUAUUCAUAGCCCCUAUAGUAACUAAACUAGAGCAACCUAAUAGGAUGGAAGACCUUUAAUGAGACCUAUUACUCCAAUUAAGUCUGCUUAGGCAAUGAGGCAGCAACACUCUACUAAUACUUCUUAAAUCACAAAUAAUAACUAUAUGCAAGAAAGUGUCAUUAAUCAAAAUUAAAGUCAGGAUGAAGAUGGUCAAUAAGAAUUUAGAAAUCUACCUUCUGAGCUGAGACAUAGACCUAAAUUACCAAGGACUCCAAAUAGACAGGAAAGAUUACCGAACAAUCCUCAUGGGGAAGGAAGUAGGCAAUUGGGAAACAGUAAGGAAACUUUUGAUAGUAUGCUUCCUCAUAUUAAGAAGAAAAACGGAGAUGUUACAGUAAGUUUCAAUUUAAUUAAUUGUUUAUAGGAUGAGGAAAUAAAGGAGUUCUAACAGGCAUUUAUAUCGAAGGAGAAAUUACCCAGAUCUCCUCCUGAAAACUAGCAAAGAUAGAAAGGAGGAAACCAGAAUAAAAAGAGAAUCUAACCUCAAAAUAUGGCAGGGGGUUAGAUGUAACAAAGAUAGAAUGGACCAUAGCCAAAUCAAUUUUAUUAGUGA